GGUUGAAAUGUAGAGAUGUGACCUGCAAUAAUCAAUGUCCAGCAUGGAAUCGCGGCCGGUGCCCAAGAGUUUCAUAUGCCAUGUGCAGAUAUCCAGUGCCAAUGGCCUUACAGAACACAGAUGACAGGUUUUAGAUCAUUAGUCCGUAUCUUUCGACGUGUUUCACAUCCUUUUCGAAGAAUUAAUUAUCCCCUCGGACUUUCUGCUCCGAGACAAGUGGCCGUAUUUGUAUCACUAAGAGUUGAUGGAUUUCCCUCGCAUGCAAUAGUUGACAGGAAAUGACGCAAAGAUAGAAGUAAAGAAGCGAUUUGGCUCAAGGGAUCAGACAAGGUCCGACGAAAGCGAGGGAAUUGUAAGAGAGGCCUGGAGCUGCAGCAACAUUGAAAACGGUUGUUUGCAUCAUCAAAGAUAGUUCAAAGAGCGAUCGGCGAGGGCCUUCGCUUUCCCUGUCCGAUGGACCUCCCAUUAUAUACCGAUUCUGCACAACCACAGCUCCCGUUCUUGUUGAUAUCCGCGUACGUGGGCUGAUAGUAUUUUUUUUCUCUUCUGGCCCGUGACAUCAGGAGGAUGAGAUUUGAGUGACAGAAGUUAUGUUUGGCAAACUUGUGCCAAAGUUUAUAAGUUCUUUGGAAGCGAGAGGAAGAGCGAAAGCCGCGACAUGUCACCAAGAGCCAUCUUUAAAAUUACUGUGCCGCAAGAAAUCGUGCAGAAACGAUGGUUCAGAUUGUAUCGGCCGUGGCCGAUGGCCCGAUCAUCUGGGCAGCUGAGAAUGUGGCGGCAUUAUCUUUGAUUGUGAAAUUAACAUUCCCGAAAGCGAUCCCCGGGCUCCAACUUUCUAUGCACAGUGAGAGAAGAUAUUUGAAUAUCAUUCACGGUGGGCAACAUUGACGGAUCCGGGAGUCCAGGAUCAGGAGUUCGCGCCGAGUGGGUCCCACUUCCGACACGGAUUUUUGUGACUGGGAGCAGGAAAAUCUCCAUGGCGAUCAUUCCGAGAUGAGCCACGUCCCUAAGGACGCAGAAUCUCGGGAACAAUCAGCUUGCAGCUUCAUCAGGGGCCACAAACUCGUCCACAUCACAAAUGCAGGCCAAUGAGGUUCGGAAGAGGACGUGGAUUUCUAAUCUGACAUGGCAACGUGUUGGCUCCACGUAGAAUCCCUGGUGUAUUUUCACUCCGGUGGCGCACCUGUUUUUCUCGUCGGUACUCCUCCUGUGCAUUGAGGCUCCUCCGAGUUUUGGGGGCUGUGUGCCCCAUUCGAAACCCGGCAAAUUAGCAAAAGGAUUGUGAAGAAGAUCCCAUACGAUGGAAUCUCGUGAGCUCAUAACCUCAAUAAUAUCACACUGCACCGAAGAUAUUCCGACCAUGUAGGGUAUUUACUACAGCAGAGCUAAAGACAAGACGGAGAGAAUUUUAUGGUGCCCAAGUGCUUGAUUUGUAGCUCUGACACGGGUCACUGAUACAACUUCUAGUAUGACUUGAUACCUAAAUUUUGAAGCUGCUACAUGUUGAAUGUUGCUAUGUCGAGCCCAUGGUCCAAUUGUUCUCAUCCCUAAACAUGUUCGCUUAGACGCUGGUAAAUCAAACGCUAGAGAUUGAAUCGAAGUGUGAUUCGGGAUGGGUUUGGGGCAUGUCUUGUGAAGUUCCUUCCAAUUCCAAGAAAGAGCUCCUCUCUCUAAAUGUACAAUGCAGUGUCUCCUCUUUGUCUCUCUCUGAAACUUGCAUCGUCUGCCAGGGACGCCAAUCUGUGCUAAUCAAUGGUAUGA